AUGUCUGUUCAUAUGAGUACUCCAUAUUAUGUUCAACAAUCUCAUUUAUCUUGGAUACCGGGUACUGCAGGAGACGAUCAACCAUCGAAUGGAGUUGAAGCAGAUCCUCGUAUUUAUGUGGUUCGAGGUGAAAUAGAUGGAAAUAUAAUACCAGGAAAAAUGCCUCUUAGAAUAGGUGCAGCUUUUAUACCAAAUGAUGGAAAAGAAUAUGGACUUCGUAAUUUUGAAAUUUUGUGCAAUACAAACAUAUUUCCAAAUCAAUCAUUAUAUAAUUGGAUUCCAGAAUCUGAUGGUAGAGUGCCGGCUGGUGCUUUAAUUGCCGGUGCAACCACUGAUGGGUUACCAUUGUAUGUAGCUCGUGCACCUAUAAACGAUGAGAUGUGCGUGGGCAAAGAUCUAAUUGAUGUGACACAUCAUGUACACUAUACCAAUUAUUUUUCAUCACGUUUAACAAGUAUUGCUGAAGCAAGUAAAUUUUUAGCCACUGAAGAUAGUCGUGAACCUUUAAGUCAAUUAGAAACGGAGCGUUUAGCUCACCAACGUAAAUUGGCUAAAUUAGAAUCUGAAAUGGAAAAUGUUUUUGAACAAAAAGUUCAUGAACGUACUAAUAAAUUAAUUGAAACAGAACGUGAUCUUGUGGAACGUGCUGAACAAUCAGAGAAACACUUAUUAUUACAGUUAACCGAGUUCGAAAAACGUAGACAAGAAUUUGAAGAUGAACGUGCUAUGUGGGAAGCAGAAAAUCGUGAAGCUUUGGAAGCUCUGCAGAUUACAACAGAUCGAGGUGAUUUUCUCAAGGAUAAAUUUCGAAUUAAACGUAAAGGAUUGUUUUGA